UUCUUCUUUAGCUUAUGUCGCGGUGAUUAGGGUUUGACAUCGUUAUCUGAAACAACAAUGGCGUCCCCGGCGAAAUUCCACUGCUCUGACCAUUCAUUUCAUCUCUCGCUCAAUCGCCACCGCGUAAUUCCCCUCAAAUCUUCGAUUCCUUUUUCGCUUCGAACAAUAUCCAAGUCGAGAUCGCCCAGAAUUCCCGCCAUCAGAGCUUUGUCGUCGAGCCCUAAACCCUCUCUACUCAAAACCACCUGCGUCACCCUCACCGCAGCCGCCGCUCUUUUCUCCGCCUCACUACACUUGGUCAGACCCGCCGUCGCGACUCCGGUGGUGGCUCCUCCGCCGUCGACGGCGGAGCGCGCGGAGGAAGCCGGCGAGGAGGACGAGGUCUCGUUGGAACAGCAGGAGGCGGCUCUCGAGCAGCACCUGGCGAGCAAUCCGAACGACGUGGAGGCUCUGCAAUCGCUGGUGAAGAUCAAAUUCCAAUCCCAAAAGCUGCGGCAGGCGAUAACGAUUCUCGACCGUCUGAUCGAAAUCGAACCCGAUGAACACGAAUGGCCGGUUUUGAAAGCACAGCUACAGACCUACAAUGGCGAUUACGACUCGGCGACGAGAGGCUUCGAGGAGAUUCUGGCGAAGGACCCAUUUCGGGUCGAAGCCUAUCACGGGUUGGUAAUGGCUUACUCCGAUUCGGAUUCAAAACUAUCGGAGCUAGAGAAUAGGAUCAAUGGGGUGGUGGAAAAGUGCAAGGAAGAGAAGAAGCAGAAAGAUCUUCGGGAUUUCAUGCUGUUGAUUGCGCAGAUUAGGGUGAUAGAGGGAAACCCGAUGGAAGCUCUUAGGGUUUAUGAGGAGCUGGUGAAGGAUGAGCCGGAAGAUUUCAGACCGUAUCUCUGCCAGGGUUUGAUAUAUACGUUGAUGAAGAAGAAAGACGAAGCGGAGAAGCAGUUCGAGCAGUUUCGCAGGUUGGUUCCUGAGAAUCAUCCGUACAUGGAGUACUUUGAUUCCAACAUGAUCAACACUCAGAAGCUUUUCUCAAAGAAACAGUAGAAUCUUGAAUCUUGAUGGCUGGUCCUUGUCGGAAGACAGAGGAAUAUGUGAAUGUAGACCAUUUGGUUUUGGUUGGUGUUGUUGUGUUAUCGGCGUUUGCGAUUGGAAAAUUAAUUAGUUCAAUCGCAAUAAUUCACAGUAAACAACAAAUGAAUCUAAUCGCACAUUUUUUUGCCA